AUUGGUUCACACGCCCGGAAGCAAAUAGUGUAAAUAAACGAAUGAGGCAGUGUUUCGAAUUAGUCACGCGUUUGCAACUUCGCUGGGACGUGUUAAUUAAUGUUUUUUAAGAUCUCAGUGAAGAAAUAAUAACACGAUUAGGGUAUAGCUUGCUUUUUGUUACCGUCCUCCAGCAGGCUUUUGGACUAGCGCGGAGCCAGCAAUAUGGUCCUGUCGUCCUCCCAGCAGCUGGUGGUCGCUUUCACAGCCGUGCUCUUCGUGUUUGUCGUGUUCCCCAGGAUGUUCAGCGGUGGCAGCGGCGAGUCGAGAGAGGCGAGGAACUUGGAUCCACGGUUCAGCAGGAAAGCUGGCACCGGUCCUGGUUCUGCAAGACCGCACCAGUUCAGCAUGAAUGGCCCAGAUUCAAAGGCGCAGACCCUAGAAAACAUGCAGCAGAUGAGGAAGAUGAUGGAGAAGGAGCUCAAGAGUGAAAAGUACAGGUCGAAUAGUAAGGGCUACGUGUUUACUCUCAUGCCUCUGUACGCCAUUGGAGUCGGUGUCUUUGCUGCAUACAAGUUUAUAAAGAUAAAGUCCAAAGAAGAUUCUAAAGCUGAAAAGGAAAAAACAGCCAAAGGGGCAAAGAAAUCUGCAGAGACUGAAAACCAGCUGAAUGAACUUGAGCAACGUCUUGCACAAACAGAGAAGAUGCUAAAUUCGAUCCUAACGCAGCUAGAUCCUUUGACCAAUUGUGUCAAAUCUGUGGCAUCUGAACAGAAGAAUGAAAUCAUGUCACAACUGCAGUCCAUCAGACACCUCAUGAAGAAGAGAGGCAUGGACUGCCCGCUCAUGAACCCUGAAGAGUCCUCAUGUGGGAAGAACUUGGAAGACCUCAUUGAAUCGCUGUCAGCACAGGGGGCCUGGACUGAAGCCCCCACAUCUGAGUGUUGGAAGAACUCUUGGGAUGAGAAGCUGGAGAACUGUGAUUUGGAGCACCAGGUUGAAGAAGAAACAGAACAUGAGGAAGACUGGGAAACCAAUGAUGCUACAGUCUUCUGUGAAGGUUCCCAUGACAACAGUGGAGGGGAUGUGGGGGCAGCAGAGAAAGGCACAGAGGUGACAUCAGCCACAGUGCUGAGGAGACGCAACAGGCUUGAAUGAAGGCUGUUUUCUUACUAAAUCUGUGAUUCUAAAUAUUUAUUUUCGGUUCCGCGUUGCCACUGCAGAUGCUUGAUGUAACGGAUGCAGAUGUUGGCAAAAAUCAAAUUUCAGCGGUAAGGUCUAUGCAAGACACAGUUGUUUUAUUCUUUCCCUGAACUUGGCACCCCUGGAAGGUAAUUUUAGAAUCCCAGUUAAAAUGGAAAGAGUGCAAAAUCAUUAUGUUAUGGCAGUUUUAGUUUUAUUAAUGAAAGUCUUUAAAUGCAAACUCUACUGCAAGAAUAUGAAUGAAAUGGUAUGAGCCUUUUGAAAUAUGAAUGCUUGAAAAAAUGCAUGCAGUUACCACUAGCAAUAGAUUGAAAUAAAAGGUAAGACCAUAUCUAUUAUUUAUAAAAUUGAAUUGAAUGCAAGAUUUUAAAUCCCGAGUUUCCUCUGUGUCUUGUUGUUCAGUCCUAUGCCUUAACUAUAUGAAAUAACUCAGAACCAUGAAUGCAGUGUCUUGCAGCACAUCAUGUCUUCAGUGAAGAGAUAUUGUUGAGGAGGAAAGGGAAAACACAAACACAUUAUCAUCUAGAUCUUUUCAUGUAAUUCUUAUUCAGGUUCUUCUGAAUGUGUGUAUUGCCUGUCCUGCUGUGUUGUCUUAGUGGACAUAUAUGUACUCAGUGGAGCUUUGUGGAAUUGUUUGCUUUACAGGAUGAUGAAAUGAAUGUUCAAUGCCUUAUUGAAAAUAAACUUUGAAAUGU